CGCACACUCGGAGAUUUGCGCAUCUGGUCGUCAUCAGCAGCAGCAACAGCAGCAGCAGCUUUCAUGCUCAGAUGUGACUCAACCGGAGUGAGAACAGAGCUUCUUCUUCUUCUUCUUCUUAAAUGACUUCUUAGAAAUACUCAUUUGAAAGUCGCUCUUUGGCCGCAGGACAAACAGAGGCCGAUGUUUCUCCUGUUUGACGCGCACCGCUGGAUGGAUUGGCUGUAACGGGUUUGAUUGGAGAAACGCAGGCGAGAAGAAAACUUUGCUGAAGUUCGUUUGAGCCGUCUGCGGCUGAUCUGGAUGUGAACAAAUCUGUCUCUCGCUCGGACAACCCGAGUUUCUAUCUGGCUGUUUUCUGGAGACGCAGCUUGUGCGUUCUGCACAUACGGAUCUAUUUGGCUCGCUUGUGAUCCUUUGCUUUCUUUUUAUUACCCCUCCGUUUUUUUCCGCCGUACCCCAGUUGCGUCAUGACUUCUAGCUAUGCACAUGUAAUGGACAGGCAAGCUACGAUAUCAAACCGCCUGGAGAGUCCCAUCACGUCUAACCUGGACAACCUGCAAGCCAAAAAAAACUUCUCGGUCAGCCACCUGUUGGAUCUAGAAGAGGCAGGGGAAAUGGUUGGCACCCACGCAGACGAGAGCGUCGCAGAGGCGGGGAGGAAUAUGCUGGAGUCUCCGGGGCUAACCAGCGGGAGCGACACGACCCAGCAGGAGAAUGAACAGAUGAACACAGAGGAAAAGAAAAAGAGGAAGCAGCGCAGGAACAGGACCACAUUCAACAGUAGCCAGCUUCAGGCUCUGGAGCGAGUGUUUGAGAGGACACAUUACCCUGAUGCCUUCGUCAGAGAGGACCUGGCUCGCCGGGUCAACCUCACCGAAGCCAGAGUUCAGGUUUGGUUUCAGAACAGAAGAGCUAAGUUCCGCAGGAAUGAGAGAGCUAUGCUGGCCAGCAAAAAUGCCUCACUCCUCAAAUCUUACUCAGGAGAUGUGACAGCGGUGGAGCAGCCAAUUGUCCCUCGGCCUGCACCACGCCCAAAUGAUUACCUGUCUUGGGGAAGUGCUGCCCCCUACAGCUGGUAUCCAAUGCCGGAGGGGGGGCCAGUGCGAGUGCCACAGAAAAUGCUGCCCUCAGAGAACAACACCAUGGCCACCUACCCACCCACCUGCUCCAACCCCAAUACGUCCCAGGGAAUGAACAUGGCCAACAGCAUCGCCAACCUUCGGCUCAAAGCCAAGGAAUACAGCUUGAACCAGGUGCCCACAGUCAACUGAAAGAAGGAGUGGUUGUGGGAUUGGCAGGAGGGGAGAGACCGUCCCACCUGCUGUACGCCUGCAGACAGAUGCCGUCUCUGCGAUGAACAUCAGCUCACAUAGCCUGGAUCAUGAAGCCUUCUUUCCUUUCUGGAGCAGCCAUGAUGGCAUACUGCUACCACCUACAUGCCAAAUGUUGGACACCAAAUGAUGGCAGGAUUUUUCUCAAGCCUUUCUCCUGAGCAUCACUGAACUCUUGUCCAUACAAAAAGACAUCUAGAUUGGAUGCUGUAACCAAAUAUCUGCAUAGUUUUACAUUUGUGUUUGUGACUGAAAUGGAAGGCAAAGUCUAAUCAAACAACUUGUUUGUCUGGAUGCUCAUAUAUGGACUACGUGGAACCCCUUUGUCCCACUUUUUUUGUGGUGUUGGAUAGAAUUACACACCAAAAUUGGAAUAAUAUUUUUUUUUCUUUUUAUGUCAACAACAAAUCACCAGGGACUUUCUUUGACAUUUUUUUAAUUUUUUUAAAGAUAGUUUUUUUUUUUUUUUUACAUCUUUCCAUGUUAUGCCACUGACAAGCAAACAUUUUCAAUGCAUUUUGAUUUUUAUGUAAUAGUCCAAUAUAAGGGAAAGGCUGAUGUAUUUCUGAAUCCAAAAAAUAGUAGAUAAUAUCCUAUGAUAUCCUUUAUUUGUAAUAAGAAAAACUUGUAUAUUAAUAAAAAUGCAUUUCAAGCAAAGUCA